UAGGGAUGUCCAAACGCGCAAGCGCUGCUUCUCCUUUAAGCCGGGCCUCUCUGCCUCGCUUGCUCCCUCCCUCCCAGGUCCCGCCUCCCAGAGCGUGACACGCCGAUCCGAUGGCGAAGCCCCUUUUUAAUUGAGCCUGUCAGGCUGAGCCCACGAUGAAGCGAGCGGGAGGGCGCAGUGGCCGUGGUAGCGCCUUAAAUCUGAGCAAGUACAAGCAACCUUUCCCGGGCAGGAAUAGCCACUAGCCUGACAAGCGCCCUCCCUGUUUCCCCCCACGUCUCCCGUGGUGGGGAGAAGAGGAAGAAGAGCGCCAGACUAUUCUUCCCCGCACCCUCCCGCCUUCUGCUCCUGCAAGUGGAAGGAAACCUCUUUACUGCGGGCGAGGAGAUCGAGAGAAAGGGAACGCCGGCCCACUUUUAGCGUUUGGAUCACUAGAGCUGCACGACCUCUCUUGCACUACCCGGAUCGCCCUUUUUAUUUUUAACUUUGCUUCUUCGAUCUUUUGGAGAGGAGGCUGCAGGGGGCAUUUCUCUCUCUCAAUCUCUCUCUCUCUCUCUCUUUCCCCCACCCCGCUCUCACCUCGCCGCACCAGUGAUUUGUUUUCCGCGCGAGGCCCUUUCUCCUCCCCCCCGAUUUUGGCCUCCCCCUCUCCCCUUUUUGCGAUCCUCAUGAAAAAUCACAUCUGGGGCAGCACCCCCCGGGCUCCCAUGGCUGCGGCGAUGCCGUCGAAGAGCGUGGAGUGGCUGCAGGAGGAGCUGGAGUCCAGCGGGGGCAGCUCCCUGCUGCUGCUCGACUGCCGUCCUCACGAGCUCUUCGAGUCUUCGCACAUCGAGACCGCCAUCAACUUGGCCAUCCCGGGCCUGAUGCUCCGGCGCCUCAAGAAGGGCAACCUGCCUAUCCGCUCCAUCAUCCCCAACAACGAGGACAAGGAGCGCUUCGUCAAGCGCUGCAAGGCAGACACCGUCUUGCUCUACGACGAGGCCACAGCCGAGUGGCAACAGGACAGCGGCGCCCCCAGCUCCGUCCUUGGCCUCUUGCUGCAAAAGCUACGAGACGAUGGGUGCAAAGCUUAUUACCUGAAAGGUGGAUUCAAUAAAUUUCAGACAGAAUACUCGGAGCAUUGUGAAACCAAUCUUGACACUUCUCCUACCAACUCUCCUCCUGCAUCUGUCCUUGGUCUGGGAGGGCUGAGGAUAAGCUCUGAUUGUUCAGAUGGGGAGUCUGACCGGGAGCCCAGCAGUGCCACAGAGUCUGAUGGGAGCCCAGUCCCGAACAACCAGCCAGCCUUUCCUGUCCAGAUUCUUCCCUAUUUGUAUCUGGGUUGUGCCAAAGAUUCCACCAACUUGGAUGUCUUGGGCAAAUAUGGCAUCAAGUACAUCCUGAACGUUACUCCCAACCUUCCCAACAUGUUUGAGCAUGAUGGAGAAUUCAAGUACAAACAGAUUCCCAUCUCGGAUCACUGGAGUCAGAAUCUCUCCCAAUUCUUUCCUGAGGCCAUUGCUUUCAUUGAUGAGGCCCGUUCCAAGAAGUGUGGCAUUCUUGUUCACUGCCUAGCCGGGAUCAGCAGGUCUGUAACGGUAACUGUUGCCUAUUUAAUGCAAAAGCUCAACUUGUCUCUGAAUGAUGCCUAUGACUUCGUAAAAAGGAAAAAAUCCAAUAUUUCCCCCAACUUUAACUUCAUGGGCCAGCUUCUGGACUUUGAAAGAACUUUGGGACUCAACAGCCCGUGUGACAACCGCUCCCCCAGCGAACAGCUCUACUUUACCACCCCGACCAAUCACAACUUAUUUCAACUGAACACUUUGGAGUCUACAUGAAGGGGUUUUUCAUUGGGGGGAGCCCCAAGCCUUGAAUCACUUCUCUUGAGCAUUUCAAAUUCAUUAAACGGAAAGUCUUUCCAGUCAGCCUUGAAAGAACUGGUUUCUCUAAGCAGAGCUGUCUGAUUGCUGCUUUACUGAAAAGGCUUGUGCCAUUUAUUAGUAUUCUGAUGCUAAAUCAAAAUGGGUUCAGAGGAGUUACCUUAUCAGAGUUAUUUAAUGUGGGGAUAGCCUGGCAUUCUGAUCGCAGCUGUUACUGGCAAUAACUGCUUUCCUGGGUGUGUAGAGACUGACAGGAUGCACACUGCACACACAUGUAUCACAUGCACACAUAAAAACGACUUGCGUGUGUUAGCUUGAUGUGGAAAGCAAAGGAGACUUAUGCACUUGGCAACCUUGAUCAAUAAGUGUUGGCCUGAGACUGUUGUUUUAAAACCCAGUUUACUUUUUUUAAAAAGGAAGUAAUCUUUACUCUUUCUUGGGUUUAAACUCUUUUAAAAUAUGUAUGUUCCUGACAGUUUGUACAGACAAGGUUGCAAAACCAGUAUUUUAUUCUGUUCUUGUUCAAUUUCAUGUUUUUUAGAUAAAAGAGGAGAAGAAAAAAUCAAAAUGUUUCUAUUGACCAAAUGCAUUUUGCACACUUUGUAAAGCCUUGAUAUAUUCUGGCAUGUUACUGGGUACUGGGAGUGAGUGAGUGAGUGAGAGAGAGAGAGAGAGAGAGAGAGAGAGAGAGAGAGAGAUAAUAUGCCACCUGUUGCUGCUGCUUGUUAGCAACUGGUUGGAGUUUUCAUAACUUGUGAGGGCCUUUGGUGAUAAUACCCCUCUCUGCCAUGCCCACACUCACAAUCUCUUCUGCACUGAAUCAGCCAAGGUGACUAAGCACCAUUGUGCUUUUUUCUUUUUUUAAAAAAACCUUUUGCCAAAAAACAACCCACUCCUACCCUACCCCAAUCACCCUACACCCCCCUCAGUUUGAUGUUACCUGAGACCACAUCUCAUGUAACCUCCAUCCAGAGCUGGUAGAAGGAUGUUUUGAGGCUCUUAGCUGCUCUGUGCAGCCUAUUAUGACUGUUAACAUCACCCAGCUGGCCUGAAAUCAUUCCAGUUUCAGAAGCAAUGAAAAUACUUUCAAUGACAUUGGCAUUUAUCCGGCACACUUAAUUCUGUCUGUGUGUGUGUGUGUGUGUGUGUGUGAGUAAGAGAGAGAGAGUGUGUAUGUGUGUAAGAGAGAAUUUCUGUGCGUGUGUGUGAAGGGGGGAGGAGCGCAGCAAAGAGGUGUGAGAAGAAUCGGAUGAUACUGCUCUUUUAAAAGGCUUGAUCAGAGCAGAGACUUUUUGGUGUGUAACCAGUGGUCAACUUGCAUAUGAACCACAGGAGGGCAUGGAAUUAUGCUGUUCAGAACAGGGGCAGGGAAACUGGUGAAUUUCUAAGGCUGUUUGAGUGUUCUGGUGAACUUCUUGUUUCUGGGUAACUUCUUUGCUGUGCCUUCUACAACAAGAAGACUUGUUUAUAUUUCUCACUAAUGUAUUAUACUGGAAGAGGGAGAAGUGGUGCUUAUUUCCCCCUACCCCACCCCUAGGAGGAGAAUGUCACAGGCAUGGAAAAAAAUUCACUGCCUGCAGUGUAGUCCCUCCAUUUUUCUCAUCUCCCUUUCCACUUUCACUCUCCAAGUAACUUUUUAAAAGCCACGGAGUUCCCCUCCCCCAAAAUAUUCAUUUUGAUACUCCCCACCCCCCAAAUAAAUCUCCAUGUGGAAGAAUGUUUAAAUGCUGUCUCAUCAUGGAACUGUGGUGUGUGUGUGUGUGUGUGUGUGUGUGUGUGUGUUUAAAAAAGAAAUAUUGUCAGAAUAUUGGGAUGAUUUUUGUCUUUUGUUGUUGUUGGUUUGUUCAUUUUUGUUCAAUUUUUUAUGUUAACAAUGUUGGGAUUGUUGGGGUCAUCAGGGCAGGAAAAGUGGAGCGCUAUGUGUGUAUGAGCAAGCAAAUGAGGAAUCUCUUAACUGCAUCUUACCUCAAGGAGGAAUUUUAUUUUCAGGGAUUUAGACAGUGCAUCUGUAUCUUGUUAAGCUCGUUUGUAUAAAGGCUUCCUGUGCCAAUGGUGGUCUUUUUUUAAAAAAGAUGCAUCCUCUUCGUAUAAAUGAGAAUUUGUUAGUGAGGGACAGUUUUGCUUUCUGUGUUUAUGAAGGAAAAAUGAGUGACCCUAUAUAUCCUGAACCCAAUAUUGGGACUUUGUUUAUAUUGCAAAUAAAUAUUAUUUUUUCUUUAAAA